UGGAGUGCGAUUCCCCCCAAAAAUAAAAAAAGGAGGACCGCCCUUUCAAAACUUCCCGCUCCUCCCACCUGUCGUUUCCACAUCCUUUUUGGUGAGAUUCCCAUCGGGGAGAGGAUUGAGCCUCGAAGCUGCCAAAACCGCAUUUUCCCCCUUUUAGUGCGGUUGUGCGAAAGGUUGAGGACGGCAUUUCAAAGCGGCUCCUGAACGCUCGUCGCACGCAGGCAGCAUUCGGAGCAGUCACGUUUUCUACUAGGGGAGUCCGCCAUCGGCACCUUUGGAUUUGUAUGCUGUAUCACCGCCGAUCUGUGGAGGGACCAGAUUUUGAGAACCCAAAGGCACGGCCUACAGGUAGCCAAAAGGAUCGAUUGACUGGCCAAGCCAACCGAUUUACCGGAAAACUCGGGGUUAGAACAAGUUCGGCAACCUGCAGCGACGAUCCGAGAAGUCAUCUUCAAGAUGCGCAACACCCUCUUCACCUCUCUCUUCCUCGCGUCAGCGACCUUGGCCUCGGCCAGCAGCAGAUUAGAAUGCCUCCAGACGCGCGGCCGCGAUCUCGCGAGCACCGCGUCGUGCGGUGACGAGGGCUCGCUCGCCUACUGUUUCUCUCAGCUCGCCGAAUCCACCCAGUCCGAGGGAACCCUGGCCGAGGACCUGGAACGGUGCUUCUACAACGCCGGGUGCACCCCUGCCGAGUCGCACAUCGAAGCCUUCUGGCUCCUGCGUCGGUGCGACACGCCAUCCAACUCCAACAACGACCUCCGCCGCGCCGCCGCCGCCCGGCGCGACACCCACGACCACCCCCACCCGCAAGCCGCCGCCAAAGAACCCUCCUUCAUGGGCGUCACCGCGCGCGCAGCACUGCCUCUUCCCGCCCCAACCGCCAUGGCCAUGACGGUCCAUGUGCAUCACCCACGACAGGACACCACGGCAUCCCCAGCCUCCCCAACACCAUGCUUCACAGACCAGACCUCCUCCAUCACCUCCUGCCCCGUGCAGUCAACAGGCACCGACAAGGGGAAAAAACUCUCCUGCUUCCCCACGGUAACCGUCAGCGCCGUGUGCCGCGACGGGCUCAUCUGCCAGCAGGACAACCAGGGCAACCCGAGCUGCAUGUACAAGCAGUCGUCGCUCGACGUGGGCGGGACCAUCAUCGCCAUCAUCAUGGCGUCGGCCGUGCUGGGGUCUGUCAUAUCGGUGUGCUUCUGCUGCUGCCGCGAGCGGCGCACACACAAGCGCAUCGAGCGCGCUGCCGAGGCCGCAAAGAUUGCCAAGGAGGCAAAGACCCAGGCUGUGGUUGCUGCUAAGCGGCCGGGGACGGCUGUCACGGGUACGGCAAAUGCGCCUCAGGCGGCGGCGGAGGGCCAGCCGCUUAUGUAUUCGCACGCCCCGCCGCUGCAGCAGCAGGGUAAUGUGCAGACUGCGGAUGUCGGGAUGAUGGAGGUGGGUGGUGUGCCGGGGGCGGUUCAGGGCGGUGGUGAGCAUGGCCAGUUCAACAACACCCCGUAUCACCAGCAGCAGCAGCAGCUGGCCCAGGGCGGCGUCGGCGGCCAGUACCCCGGUGCGAACCCGUUUGCGGAUUCGCAUGAUGCCCAUCCGUUGAGGUGAUGUCGACCGCUGGGAAAGAGGGCGGACGGGAUCGGAUGGUGUCUGUCUGCCUUGCUGGGUCACAUACUAUUUUCAGCUACUAUAGAAGCCGUCAGUCUGGGUCGUUUUCGGCUCCCAUCUUUAUUUUUAUUUUUCUUUUUUUUUUUGGAUUCAAGGGACAUCGGAGCCAGGGGUAUAUGAGGGCGCGGCGGCAGCUUACCAGCUGUUUGCACAAAUACUAAAUCUCUCGCGGGACCUCUCUCGUCCGCGCUAUCUUGUUUAGAUACCUUGUAGUUGGAUAAUAGCAUCAUUUGCCGGUAAACACCGGCGAUCAACUGUUUUCUCAGCUGCGCCCGAGAUUCAAACGACUCGUCGGUCUACACACCCAACACCUAAAAGACAUCUUCAAUCCCCGAUAAUAUAGUUGCGUGUUCAGAAGAUCACUGUAACAAGUCAGAAUCAAACGAUUUAGUCAC